GCCCGCGGAAGGCGGAAGUGUGUGCGCGGGGAGGCAGCUGGGAGCCGCUGAGGUGUCCCUAUCCCUCACUUCGCGGCUCUUCCGGGUCUGUGCUGCGAGCCUCGGAGGCUGCCCGCGACUCCGAACGAGGGCGAGGGACGCGUGGCCAUGCGGCGGCCGCGGGGCCUGGCGCGGUCUGGAGGUUGACAUCGCCCCGCCGCCCGCUUUCGAGGUCGCCUCCUCCACGCAGCCUCCCGGCCCUGUCCCCGCCCGCCGGGUCCCGCAUCCCUGACCCCGUGACCCCCGAGGCAUCCCGCCCCGGGCCUUCAGCCCCGUCACCAUGACGGCGGCCGCCGCCUCCAACUGGGGGCUGAUCACGAACAUCGUGAACAGCAUAGUGGGGGUCAGCGUGCUCACCAUGCCCUUCUGCUUCAAGCAGUGUGGCAUCGUCCUGGGGGCCCUGCUGCUGGCGUUCUGCUCUUGGAUGACGCACCAGUCCUGCAUGUUCCUGGUGAAGUCCGCCAGCCUGACCAAGCGGAGGACCUACGCCGGCCUGGCGUUCCACGCCUACGGGAAGGCGGGCAAGAUGCUGGUGGAGACCAGCAUGAUCGGGCUGAUGCUGGGAACCUGCAUCGCCUUCUACGUCGUGAUUGGUGACUUGGGAUCCAACUUCUUUGCUCGGCUGUUUGGGUUUCAGGUGACCGGCACCUUCCGCGUGUUCCUGCUCUUUUCGGUGUCGCUGUGUGUCGUGCUGCCCCUCAGCCUGCAGAGGAACAUGAUGGCCUCCAUCCAGUCCUUCAGCGCCAUGGCCCUCCUCUUCUACACCGUGUUCAUGUUCGUGAUCCUGCUGUCCUCUCUCAAGCACGGCCUCUUCAGUGGGCAGUGGCUGCGGCGCGUCAGCUACGUGCGCUGGGAGGGCGUCUUCCGCUGCAUCCCCAUCUUCGGCAUGUCCUUCGCCUGCCAGUCCCAGGUCCUGCCUACCUACGACAGCCUGGAUGAGCCGUCAGUGAAAACCAUGAGCUCCAUAUUCGCCUCCUCCCUCAACGUGGUCACCACCUUCUACGUCAUGGUGGGGUUUUUCGGCUACGUCAGCUUCAUGGACGCCACUGCGGGCAACGUGCUGAUGCACUUCCCCUCCAACGUGGUGACAGAGAUGAUCCGCGUGGGCUUCACGAUGUCGGUGGCUGUGGGCUUCCCCAUGAUGAUCCUGCCCUGCAGACAGGCCCUGAACACGCUGCUUUUCGAGCAGCAGCAAAAAGAUGGCACCUUUGCGGCCGGAGGCUACAUGCCGCCUCUGCGGUUCAAAGCGCUCACCCUCGCGGUCGUGUUCGGAACCAUGGUCGGCGGCAUCCUGAUCCCCAAUGUGGAGACCGUCCUGGGCCUCACGGGCGCGACGAUGGGAAGCCUCAUCUGCUUCGUCUGCCCGGCUCUGAUCCACAGGAAGACCCACAAGAGCGCCCUCUCCCCGCAGGUGGUGCUCUGGGUUGGCCUGGGCGUCCUGGUGGUCAGCACCCUCACCACCCUGUCCGUGAGUGAGGACACCCCCAUGGACGUGGCACAGGAAGCCCCUGGUGUCCGGGCUGGAGAGGCUGAGGGUUUGAUGAAGGCGGAGGUGGCCCGGCUCUCAGGUACGUGGCUCUCAGUCCAGGAACCGCCUGCCGCAGCGGCCGUGGACAGCCGUGACGAGCCGAAGCCACCGCAGCCGAGGGAGGACCUGGAGCAGGCCCAGAUCAAGGGCCCCGUGGAGGUGCCUGGGCGGGAGGACGCCAAGGACACGCAGCAGGAGGCGCAGCUCGACCGCCCCGGUCAAGGGGUUGCCGUCCCUGUGGGCGAGGCCCACCGCCACGAGCCCCCCGUUCCUCAUGAUGAGGUGGUGGUAGACGAAGGCCAAGACCGGGAGGGCCCAGAGAACAAGGCUCUGUCCAGACACACGGACGAGAAGGCUCCGGGGAGCAAAGGUCAGAUGGCACUGCCGCUGCCCGGUUCAGAAAGAGAGGAGCGAGAGCCGGCGAAGGGAGAGGUCGGGAAGAAGCCCGGGCAGGACCAGGAAGCAGGUGGUCUUCAUGAAGAUCCCCAGAAGGUUCCAGAAGCAGAUGGCCAGCCAGAUGUCCAGCCAGUGAAGGGUGACCUGGGGCCAGGCAACCGGGACCUGCCUCCGGGGCCCCAGGCAGCUGUGUCCGAGGAGCAGGACGCCCAGGCAGCAGGCGCGGGGGACAAGGCCGGCAGGGCGCCGCUGCCGGGCAAUGCCGCGGGGGACGGCGAGCUCGGUGGGAAGGCUGCCGGCCCGGAAGAGAAGCCGGCUCCCGGGGCUGGGCCGCUGCCAGAGGCUCGAGAGCAGAGGGACGCAGAGCGACCAGGCGGAGACCAGGCGGGCAGCAAGUUGGAGGCUGAGAUUAAAAAGAUAGUGGCAGAAGCCGGCAGGGCGGAGAUGCUGGACCACGCCGUCCUGCUGCAGGUGAUCAAAGAGCAGCAGGUGCAGCAGAAGCGCUUGCUGGACCAGCAGGAGAAGCUGCUCGCGGUGAUCGAGGAGCAGCACAAGGAGAUCCACCAGCAGAGGCAGGAGGACGAGGAGGACAAGUCCAGGCAGGUGGACGUGCAGCCAGAGCCUGGGGCGGCCGUGCCCAGAGGUCAGGAGGCCCGCGAUGGGCAGGUGGGGGAGGCAGUGGAGAAGCCGCCUCCACAGCCUUUGGAGCCUGAGCUCAGAGCUCCUGGGGAUCGCGCCGCUGCGCCACAAGAGGCUGGACAGCGCUCCCUGGAGGAGCCCCAGGGCGCCGUGGGCAGAGACCCUGUGGGCCCCCCCGACGGCGGCUCUGACACAGAAGCCCAGGCGGCCCAGGCCAAGCCGAGAGAAGGCCGGAAGGACACUCUGCCCAUGGCGGCCAGUGUCGAGAGGGAGCUGCCCCCUAAGGGCCUGAAGCAAGUGGCCGGCCUAGAGCCCGCCGGGGUGCCCAGGAGCCUGGAGGAGCGGCCCCCUGAGGAGUCUCUCAGGCAAAGUCAGGACCUUGUUGGUGGAGGUUCCCAAGAAAAGAAGAAACCUGGGGAGGAGGCAGCAGGUGCUGGCGCCGGUAUUCGGAAGGGGGCUGACCAGCUUGUGGCAGCACCAGGAGGGACCGGGGACCCUCACGUGAAGCCCAAGCAGACACACCGAGACCUGGGCCAUGCAGCGGACCUGCCCAGCAGGUUGGAAGGAGCAGCCCCUCAGCUCCAAGCCGUGCCACGUGAGCCGGAACCACAGGCUGUCUCUGCCGGGGCUCGGGGCGGGCAGCAGGGCAACCGGCUUGGCCACGGCGCUCCCCUGGAGACAGGAGAGGAGGCCCUCGGUGGCGACCACAUGCCCCGAGAGGAGCCGGGAGCCGGGGAGGACGCUGCUGUCCAGGGUCCCAGACAGAGGCCCGACCCUGAGCCUGGGCCCAAACUCGUCCCCGGGGCUCAGAAACCAGACAACGCCAAACCCAACCGAGACCUGAAACUGCAGGCUGGCUCCGACCUUCGGCGGAGACGGCGGGAUCUUGCCCCGCGUGCAGAGGGGGAGCUGGCCCCUGAGGACGGGGUCAUCGGCUUCAACCCCCUGCCUGACGUCCAGGUGAACGGCCUCCGUGAAGCCCUGGACUCCCAGCUCCGCCAGGCCGCGGGGGCCGCCCUGCAGGUGCACAGCCGGCAGAUCAGACAGCUGCCCGCUGCCCCGGACAAGGCCUAGCGCCUGCCAGAGCUGAGGGCCAUGGCGACGCCGUCCUCGUCACUGGCGCGUCUCCCUGGCCGCGUCGGGGCUGAACUCUGGAGGUCAUGCUCAUUUCCCGCCCUGGGUUUCACGUCUGAGGAAUGUGGCGUGCGAAGGGAUUCUGUUCCCAGAACGUGCUUGAGGCCGUCUGUCGCAGUCUGUCUGAGGUCCCCUGGCCUCCGCGGACUCGAGCUCAGUCCUGCCCACGAGGAAAACGGCGCGUGGCGCGUGCUGGGAACCCUCGCCCUGGGGCCGGGGCUCUAGGAGACGCUGGGCCGGGCGCGUGUUCCUGCCCAGGCUCCAGCCAUCCCGUGGGAGCGCGAGGUGUUCAAGUGGAGCCAGACAGUGAGACUGGGGAGCAAACGCCUUCACCGUGGCGACUGCGGUCCCAACGCUCGGCUGCUGCGAGAACCAACUGUGCAACCACGCACUUAGUGACUCGGAAUUUUAAUUAUUUAUCUAAUGUUUUCCGUGCGUGUUGUAGAGAAUCUCAAAUAAACACUUUUGCCUUCA